GUAACGGGCGGACUCUCAGCGCGGGACAAAGGUGUUGUUUACCCAGGGCUUGAGGUAAACAAACAAACAAACAAACAAACCGAGACGGGGGACAUCUGCCAGUACAACAGGUGGUUGGGGUCAUGUGAUGACGUCAGCGCGUGACUCGACUUCGAUCCGGCAGAUUUUCGAUCUUUUCAAAGUCCAGACAGACAGAAGGCUGAAAGGGUUGGACACAGGACGGCCUGGAGAAGUAAUUGUAGUGAGAUUUCACCGUGAUUAGCGUGGAAAAAACGCUUAUCUCUGUAUCCAUAGCAACCAAGCAUCCGGCCCCCUUAUUGGAUAGGAUUAACCCUGGCGAGUGACUCACAGUGCGAGUUUCACUACCACAAAAAUUUUAACCGCAACAACGCAAAACUAAACGUCAGCUGGAAGAAAUGACCUCUGCUGUGACCUUGACAGUGAUCUAGCAAGACACGCUUGAAGACGUGCCCAGCGACUCAAGACACUGGUUCUUACCCCCGGGAGGUUUGUCGUGUUGAACUGUACACAUACACGGCUCUGUGAAUGCCGAGGUAAAUCAGGUUAGUCCGUGCUAUUUAGCCCGUCGGAAGUCGCAACACGAAACCAUUCAGUGGGACAACGCUCGCGAGGCUCCCCCGUGAGAAAGAGCCGGGCCUGACGGACAAUGCUCACGCCGAGCUAAUCUUCCCGGGCGCCGCCCAGUAAUUUCCAGCCUUUGUGGGAUGUAGAAAAACGAAUUGUAUUCAUGGCAACUCCCAUGGUGAUGAGGAUGGCGGCCACGGACCAAAUAAUCAAACAAACCCGCCAGGUCUUGGCGAACAACAAUAAGAUGUAUAACGAGAUUAAGUCCAGUGAGAAACACCUCAUGCAACUCUACCAAGACUCCAGGGAGAGCGCUGAAGAGUUGGAGGCUUCCUACAAGGAUCUUAAGGAGUCCGAGAGGGAAAAUGAGCGUCUCAGACAAGAGUACUACCAGGCCUUGGCGGAAAAGAAGCAAUUCGAGGAGGAACGAGACUCGUACUUCGAGUACUCUAAGAUUUUGAACGAGAAGAAGGACAGGUUUAUUUCGAGAACUCAGCUGGUGACCUCCACCAGCGGCAAGUACAUCGAGUUGUCCUUACAACUGUCUGAGAAGACGGACAGCUACAUAAGGAAGCUGCUGGAGGAAGUGGAGAAAUUCCACCAGGUCUACGGCACCUUGACUGAAGAGAAGGAAAAGUUCAAGCGCGAGUGUACCGAUCUGAGUAAGGAAAUUGAAGUCUUUAAGAAGGAAUCUGAGAAACUGACCACCGAGAGAGAUAAGUAUGAACUGCAGGGAAUCGCCCUCGGGAGUGAGAUAGACGAGUUGAAGGAGACGAGAGACACCCUGGAGGAAGAGAGGAACAAGUAUCGAGAGGAAGGGAGCAAAAUGACCAAGGAGAGAGACAAAUACAAAGAGCAAACAGAAGAGUUGACGAAGGACAGAGACCGGUUUAAGGAGGAAUCCAUCCGCCUGGCGGAAGAGAAGGAUAAGUACAAGGAGGAUGGCAUCCGACUCGCGGGAGAGGUGGAGAAAUACAGCUCACAAGUCAAAGUACUGGAAGAAGACAGGAACAAGUUUAAAACAGAAUCUGAGAAGUUGACGAAAGAAAGAGACGAGUUUAAGGAGGAAAGCGAGAAGCUCUUGGUGGAAAGAGAUGGUUUCAAGGAGGAGACGGGAAAACUUAACACUGAGAUUUCACGCUUUAAGGAGAAUGUCAAGGGUCUGUCGAAAGACAGAGAUAAAUUUAAGGAACAGGUCGCCAAGCUGACACAAGAAAGAGACAUGUACCGGGAGGACUACAGGAAAAUCAUCAGGGAAAGAGAAACGGUGGGGAAGGAAAAGGACAGGCUCGCGUUGGAGGAAUUCAGAGCGAAGGAGAAGAAUUCAGAACUCAGAGAAACAAAGAGAGAGAUAGAACAGAGGUACGAGUCCGCUAAGAAGGAAAAGUCUAAGGUGGAAUCUAUGGUACAAAAGGACGAACGGACAAUGACUCAGCUCAAGAAGGAGAUUAAGAAGCUUGAGAAGAUAAUCGUAGACUUGAAGGCGCAGAGAGAUCGCACGAUUCGACGGAAGGACGCGCGAACGCAGACAGAUCAAGACUUGGAGUGUGAACUCAGAGAUAUCGCAGUUGCACAUGCUCAGCUCAAGAUGAGGCAGGCCAUGAAAGAACGCGAGAAACUGAGAAUAGAGAGAGACAAGGCUGAGAAGGCGCGAGACCGCGCUCUCUCCGUACUAGACAAGAAAAUCGAGCAGAGUGACUCUAGCCGAGCUGCAGCGGACAAAGCCAAGGAUCGUGCCAAAGAACUUGAGGAGCUGGUUAAGAAACUCACCAAGUAUUACGACGCCUCCAAGAAAGAGCUAGCCAAGGCAGACGCGAAAAUAGACAAAGAUAAGAAGGCGAUUGAAGACUUGAAGGAUGACACUAAGAAACUGAAAUCGCGGAUCGCUUCCUUGAAGAAAGAACGGGAUACAAGGAACAAGGAAGUCCAGACGGACAACCCAGACGAGAACGACGAGGACAGCGUGGACGAGGAGAAGGAGGAGUUAGAGCGUGACCUUGAGCAGGCUCACCUUGACAUUGAGGACCUGCAGGAGCAGCUGAAGCAGUCGGAAGACAUGCGGCGUCAGACGGAGCAGGAGAAGGAGAAGGAACGACGCGACUACGAACUGGUGAAGCGGAAACUUCGGUACUACGAGAAAAAGAUGGAGGAAGAGAGGACCAAGAGGAUGAAGCAAAGCACGCAGCCUGAGGAGGCUAAACCUGCCAAAGAACCCGCUGCCAAACCGCCUCCGCCGAAACCAAAGACAGCGCCGCCCUUCAAACCAUCCAACAGACCGCCAACUGCGCACCCGAACACGCCCAAAGCGGCGUGGUCCAACAACAAGACGAUGUCGUCUUCGGUGUCGUUUCGCACUCAACCUCCGCCGGCGUACGCAGAGGCGCCGAAGUCGAAGAUCACCAACCCGUACAUGAUGCCGGCGGGCAUGCCGGCUUCUAGCCCGAUGUCGGCGGCCGCAGCGUCCUCAGCACCCGCCUCUGCCCCGGCUGCCGCCAGCGGACCGACGAUAUCCCGCCCGCCGGCUAGCAUGGCAGGUCCCGCGGCGGCUAGCAUGCCCGGGCCCGGCGGCUACGGCGGCUACGCAGCUCAGACACAACCCAAACCCAACCCCAUGAGGAGAAACACUUUCCUGAGACCAUCCGGAGGAGGAGGGAAGCCGGUUCCUACAAAAACAUCUAAGUAGUCGACAAGUUGAAACACAUCAUCAACAACGUGGAAAUUAUUCUACAUAUAGUGAUUUUAAAAAGUGUCCUGUUCCUUCGGACGCUAAAACAUACGUGGAAACCAUUCAUAAAUAUAUCAUUAGGACAAUAUACAUACAUGUACAUAAAUGAUGUGCACUUAGGGCUAUUCCAUUAAAAGCAUCAGGGGAUGAGAAAGACUGUAUUGCAUUGGCCAAUUCAUUGAAGGAAGGGGA